UCUCUUUAGGAGCCUAGCUAGCUUGGCAAUUUCUUGCUGUUGCUCAUACCUAACCUAUAACCCCAAGCCAUAUGGCCUGCCAUGUGCACGCCUGUAUCUUCCCUUGACUUGCUUCCAGCAAUGUGGCUACCAAGGCUGUGAUGAAGCAAGCAGCUGGCCACUAACUGCUGCAGUGGCACCACAUGGUGUGCAGCCUGGUGCAGGGAUGGAGAAGGCCAUUUUCUGACCUGGCUGUUUUGUUUCUUUAAAUAAAGCCUUUUUUGUCAAUUAAAAAAAAAAAAAAAAAAAAAAAAAAAACAUAAAAUCCCAUUUUCACACAAUGUUCCAAAGAGGGGAAAAAAGGGAGGGAAAACUUGAAGAGUAAUUUGAAAAAUGCUGAAACAAAAUAUUUCCUUAAGAAAUUUAAUCAUUGUUUGAAAUGGAAAUUUGGGGUCAACAUAUCUUACUAAAACUGCAGCUUUAUUGAAGUAUUUCAAUCCAAAACAAUGAACAGCUAGCAAAUUGAAAUAUCAGCUGUUCAUGCUAUUGUACCUGGCACAGCUGGACUCUGUAGUAUAUCCUUCUUGCUCAGAGGGGUGCUUUGAGUCCUACCUCUCAACUGUUCUCCAGUGCUUCUUAAAGUUGUCAUUUUAAGCUCUUAGGACAGCAAGUAAUUCUCCUUUUGGCAAACAUGUAUGUGCUGCUUUUGUUUGCAAUUUCCAUACUCAUCUGAGCAGAAAUUGCAUUCUGUCUUGCUGCAGAUAUAUUACCCUACUAAUCAGUAGAUACAUUACCCAGUAGUUGUUUUUACACUCAUUUAUUGUCUGUUUGCAUGUUUAAACACUGGCUUUUACUUAACCAUUCAUACUAGUGGCCGAUAACUUAAUUUUUUUAAUUGAUGGAAUGGUGAGGAUAUAACUCAAUUUUUUCUCUUUAUUCAAAAUUAUAGCGAGUCUGAAGAUGACUUAUGCUUCAGCUUACCCUCAACUAUGUUUUAAAUGUCAGUGGUAAAUGAAGCAACAAACCCCUUCUAUCCCAAAGAAAACCUUCACUUGUUAAUCAGAUAUAUUCCAAAAAUUACAAGAGCAUUUAAAAUAGAAAAUCUGCAAGUGUCAGCCUGCCAAAUUCAGGAUGUGGGAUGGUUGCCCUGCACCAGUUGGCCUGGCAAAUGCACAAUGUGGAACUUAUUUUGUAUUCACCACACUCUCUUAGGGCUUGUUUUUAACCUUGAGCGGGAAGGACUCGAAAUCCUCUGUUCCUCAAGAGAAGAGAACUGACUCAAAUUCAUGUGCUUCUCAUCGAGCAUUGAAUGUGGGGAAAGACUGCUUCAGGGGGACAGCCAGUGUGGAACUGUAAUUGAUGUCAACAUAGAGUGUGCUGUGAAGCUUGUAGGAACCAACUGCAUCCUCUACCCUGUCAACAGCAAAGACCUGCAACAUAUCUGGCCUUUCAUGUAUGGUGACUACAUAGCCUACGACUGCUGGCUGGGCAAGGUCUAUGAUUUGAAGAACCAAGUCAUCCUCAAGCUGUCCAAUGGAGCCAGGUGUUCUAUGAGCACAGAAGAUGGAGCCAAGCUGUAUGACGUUUGUCCUCAUGUCAGUGACUCGGGUCUCUUUUUUGAUGAUUCAUAUGGCUUUUAUCCUGGGCAAGUCCUCAUCGGGCCUUCUAAAGUCUUCUCCAGUGUGCAGUGGCUCUCGGGUGUGAAGCCUGUUCUGAGCACAAAGAGCAAGUUCAGAGUGGUGGUGGAAGAGGUACAGGUGGUAGAACUAAAGGUUACUUGGAUCACUAAAAGCUUCUGUCCUGGAGGUACUGACAGUGUGAGCCCUCCUCCCUCUGUCAUUAGCCAGGAGAACUUGUCCAGGGUAAAGCGUCUGGGGUGCUUUGACCAUGCCCAAAGGCAGCUUGGGGAAAGGUGCCUCUAUGUGUUCCCAGACAAAGUGGAACCUGCAAAAAUCACCUGUGAAUGCCCUGAGAGAAACUGUGUCCUGGGUGAAGGAUCAGUUGCCAAAAAGGUGAGGAGGCUGCUGAAGAAGCAGAUAGUGAAGAUCAUGUCAUGCUCCCCAGAGUCUCAGGGUACCAGUGAAGCCCCUGACAAGGAGCCUGCUGCAGUUGCUGACCAAAAAUCAGAAGAGCUUAAGCCUGGAUCAAAGAGUGAGCUGGAUGACUCUUCCAACAGUGCACCAAGUCCUGGGGAGAGGAAGGAGGAACAGCCUGAAGAAUCAGGGAAGGAGAAAGGGGGAGCAGCAGCACGACAGCAGCAGCCUCCCUUUCUGCUGAAAGACGAAGGGUCAUCCGACUACCGGCUUCAGUCGAUGGAGCAAGAUGCUGACGAUGAGGCAGCUGAUGACACUGAUGACACCAGCUCUGUCACCUCCUCUGCUAGCUCCACUGCCUCAUCCCAGAGUGGCAGUGGCACUGGCCGCAAGAAGAGCAUCCCUCUUUCCAUCAAAAACUUGAAGCGGAAGCACAAGAAGAAGAAGACCAAGAUUUCACGAGAGUUUAAGCCAGGAGACAGGGUUGCUGUAGAAGUGGUGACCACGAUGACUUCAGCUGACGUGAUGUGGCAGGAUGGCACUGUGGAGACAAACAUUCGCUCCAACGAGCUGAUUCCAGUGCAUCAUCUGGACAACAACGAGUUCUGCCCUGGGGAUUUUGUGGUGGACAAAAGAGCUCAGAGCUCCCAGGACCCCGGGUUAUAUGGAGUUGUGCAGUCUGGUGACCACAUUGGCCGUACCUGUGUGGUGAAGUGGUUCAAGUUGAAAUCCAGCGGAGAUGAUGUGGAGCUGAUCGGGGAGGAGGAGGAUGUGAGUGUGUAUGAUAUUGCUGAUCAUCCAGACUUUCGCUUCCGCACUACUGACAUUGUGAUUCGCAUUGGCAACUCAGAUGGAGCCACAGCUAAGGAAGAUGAGCCUUCAGUUGGACAAGUGGCUCGUGUGGAUGUCAGCAGUAAAGUGGAAGUGGUGUGGGCUGAUAACUCCAAGACUAUCAUUCUGCCUCAGCACUUAUAUAAUAUUGAAUCAGAAAUUGAGGAGUCGGACUACGAUUCUGUUGACGGCAGCACCAGCGGGGCAUCCUCUGAGUGGGAGGAUGAAAGCGACAGCUGGGAGACAGACAAUGGCCUCAUGGAAGACGACCACCCAAAAAUUGAAGAGUUAGAGCCUGAGGAGCCGGCAGCAGAGGAAGUGAAAAAAGUAGAGGAACAAGUCCAGGGAGCUGUGGCUAUGGCAGUUGCAGAUCUUGCUGCAGAGAAAGCUGGCAAGGACGGAGCCCCAAAGAGCUUCCGGGAACUAAAGGAGGCCAUCAAGAUCUUGGAAAGCUUGAAAAAUAUGACUGUGGAGCAGCUGCUGACUGGCUCUCCCACCUCCCCAACUGUGGAGCUGGAAAAACCCACUCGGGAGAAGAAGUUCUUGGAUGAUAUUAAAAAGCUACAGGAAAAUCUAAAGAAGACCUUGGAUAAUGUGGCUAUUGCAGAGGAGGAAAAGAUGGAAGCCAUGGUGGAGACGGAGAAGAAAGAAGAAAAAGCAGAGGCACAGACACCAGUGCGGUCGGAGUGGCCCAGUGAGACACCAGUGCUCUGCCAGCAGAGUGGAGGCAAGCCUGGAGUCACCUUCACCAGUGCGAAGGGGGAAGUCUUCUCUGUGUUGGAGUAUGCUCCAGAUACCCAUGCCUUCAAGAAAAUGGAGUUCCAGCCCCCAGAAGCAAAGAAGUUCUUUAGCACUGUGCGGAAAGAGAUGGCUCUCCUGGCCACCUCCCUGCCUGAUGGCAUCAUGGUUAAAACCUUUGAGGAUCGAAUGGAUCUCUUCUCAGCACUUAUAAAAGGGCCCACGCGCACACCCUAUGAAGAUGGCCUCUUUCUCUUUGAUAUCCAGCUCCCCAACAUCUACCCUGCUGUCCCACCUCUGUUCCGCUACCUCUCCCAGUGCAGUGGGAGACUGAAUCCCAACCUGUACGACAACGGCAAAGUGUGUGUCAGCCUCCUGGGGACGUGGAUAGGGAAGGGGACAGAAAGGUGGACCAGUAAAUCCAGCCUGCUUCAAGUACUCAUCUCCAUCCAAGGUCUCAUCCUAGUGAAUGAGCCCUACUACAACGAGGCGGGCUUCGACAGCGACCGGGGUCUCCAGGAGGGCUAUGAGAACAGCCGCUGCUACAACGAGAUGACGCUGAUCCGGGUGGUGCAGUCCAUGAUGCAGCUGCUGCGCAGGCCGGUGGAAGUCUUCGAGCACGAAAUCCGGGAGCAUUUUCGCUGCAACGGCUGGCGCCUGGUGUCCCGCAUCGAGUCCUGGCUGGAGACGAACGAGCUGGUGGAGCGCAGCCACGAACAGGCCAACGGGGCGGAUUCCGCCUCCCUCCUCUCUGCCUGCGGCGCCCUGGCCGAGAGCCCCGGAGGCUCCGCGGGGUCGCCGGGGGGGGACGGCGGCGGCUCGGAGCAGGGGGCGGCCGCCGAGCUUUCCGACUCGGCGCUGGACGGGAAGGAGGAGCUGGACGAGUCGGAGUUCGCAACCUCGACACCCGACGCCGGUGAUCUCCAACAGUACUCAGACUCGGAGAGCACGGGCCAAGCCAGGGGGGUAGACCUGGCCAGAGACCGAACGGACGAGGGGAAGGCUGCCCAGGACUCUGCCUUGCAGCCUAGUGUGAAACCAAAGAAAAGGAGAAAGAGCUACAGGAGUUUCCUUCCGGAGAAGAGCGGUUACCCCGAUAUUGGGUUCCCCCUCUUCCCUUUGUCCAAGGGGUUCAUUAAAAGCAUCCGCGGUGUCUUGCAGCAGUACCGGGCUGCCUUAGCAGGGGCCAACAUCCCGGAGUGGACAGAGGACAAAUAAACUGUCAGGUUAGGGACAGGCAGGUGCAGGGGAGAAGGGAAAGCAGCAGAAAGGAAAUUGGCAAACGCUGUUACCAGUAAACUGGCUUCUCCUUCCAGCUUUUCUUCCUCAGCUUGGUUUGUUCCAAAGAAGGUGGUAGGCCUGAUUUGCUCCUCCAAGGAAAGGUUGUCUAAGCAUGAAUAACUCUUUGCCCCCUGCCCUUCUUCCUUCCCCCUGUCCCGUGUACGUGCUCCUCUUGAGAGUUUUGACCCUGCAAUGGUAAGAUUUGAGACCUGCACAGAAGCAGUCUUGCAGCCACGUUCCCUCUGCACUUUCAUCUUGGGGCACCUUUCCACACAAGGACUCUUCCCACCCAGUGCUACACCCGGCAGUUUGUUCUGGUGGGGUUCAAGCCAGGAUGAGUGAUUGCUGUAGCACCUGGAAGCGAAGGGCAAUGCCCUCCCGGUCUUUCAUUUUUCUCUGCAUUGCCAUGGGUUUUGUGAAGUCCACCCCAGCUUAUAUGUACUUAGACAUCGGAUUGUGUUUGCAUUGAAGUUGUCUACACCAUAUGGAGUUGCUCUAGUCUUAGUUGUUCACCGAUAGCUACAAGGUUCUUCUGAUCAGGACUUGGUAGGCAGAACCAGAGCUCUGCACUAGCACUUGUGCUGCCCUGGAAGCACCGCGGGGUUUCCAUCCAGUUCUGCAACUUCUGGUUGGUCUUCUGGAAGCAAUUCUAGCCAUCCCCACUUCUUUUUCUCCAGAGUAAGGCAAACUUCCUUUUCCCCACCGUGCAUGCCUGUCUUCUAGAAAUACAUGGGAUUCAGGGUUCUGCCCUUAUUACUUAGGUAUCCGCGUCUUUCGUUCCCAGCCAUCCUGGCUGUCACACAGCACUACACCUACCCCUGUCUCUUGUCCUCGCCUGGGCAGGCAGCAGCGAGUGAUUUUUUUUCUUUUUUUUUUUCUUUUUUUUUUUUUUUUUUCUUUUUUGAGGGGGUUGUAUUGUAGAUCUAGCAGCUAGUCUGGAUGGUGAACCUGGCACGGCUGCUGCUUCUCCGUCGUUUGGCUGUAAAUUGGUAUUUUCGGAGCUGUUUGAGCCAGGGUCACCCAAGGGAAAGAAGGAGCUGUCUUGUCGUGACGAGGUCCCGGUGCAGCCGCAGCAGCCUGUGACUGCUCCCGCGCUGUCGCUCAGCCAGCGGCUGGAGCACGUCAGACGCUGGUGCGGACUGUUAGCGCUUCCUUCCCUUGCCAGCCGGGUCCCGGGGCGGCCGGGGAGCGUUGCGGGCGCAGCACGUGCUCUCCCUCAUCUCGGCUGCAGCGCUGCCGCGCCGCGCGGGGAAGCGGCUGGUGAACAUCAGCCCGUGCUUCAGCAGCAAGAGGGCUGCCUGAGCUGGUGCCCGCGAGCACUUUGAAGCAGUGACUUGCCAGAGUCCUCCUGGUCAAGACACCUUCCUGAAAGCCUCUUUUUUUCUCUGUGCAUGCACUUACUGUCACUUCUGGAGCUGGGAGAUCACGCUCCAGCACCACUGCAUUUGCCCAGUGGUUCAGGCAUUGGAGAAGCACCCACUUAGCAUCCAUGUGGAGCACAGUCUGUCAGGGAGUGUCCGUUGGUCCUGCCAGCCAGCGCAGGGAGCCGGUGGUGCCAGGCUUCCCAGGACGGAGCCGGGCUGAGCAGAUGGCUCUGCCACAAGUCAGGACGGAGCCACAACUCUCCUUUGCUCUUGCUCGAUACGGCUGUGUCCCUUCCCCAACCCCGGGGCCAGGAUCUGACCUUCUCCUUCUGAAACAGAGACCAGCAGGCGAAUCUCAGCACGUUUGCACAGUGCUUUCUGCUCCUUGGAACACCCAGGUCUGCACCCACUGACCCAAAUCCCCUGUGCCUGUUCUUUCCAGCUGCCCCCCCCCCCCCCCCGUGAGGCUCCGGAGCCGCCCUCCUGUCCCCCACCCACCGCCGGGAUUGCGGGAGGCACGUCGUGCUCCGGAGGAACCCGGGCUUGGCUGUGAGCACAGACCUGGGCCUGCAGAGCUCUGGGAGGCCCCGGGAGGAUCGCCUGGGCGGCAGCUCCAGCCCUGCACUGCUGGCCCCGGGAGCCCUCCCUGCCCCACGGCCGGGGGGCUGGCAGGGUGGCAGACCCCAGCCGGGCUGCGGGGAUGACGCUUGGAGCCACGGGCAGCGCGAACCGCAAGGCCGAGCUCGCCGCCGCUUCCCGGCUGUGGCUGGUGGUAAAUGAAUGAAUCCCUUGGAGCGAGGAGUUGGGGGGGUGUCUCUGAAGUAUAAAGGGCUGAUUGGGGCAGAGGGGUGAGGCGGUUGCUUCGGGGCAGGGGAAGGGCAGGCGGAGAGGCUUGUUCCGCAAAUGAUUAAACCUCUUGCUCACCAGACAAAAUUGCGGUUGGUGAUCUACACACGCCGACUUCCUCUGUUCCCCCCCCCCCCGCGCCAUGCCGGGCUGUGGCUGUCCUCGGCCCCUCCACCAGCCAGGGAGGGAGAAACCCCCUCAGGGCCGAGCCAGGGCUGGGGCUGGAGGAGCUCUCGGUUCCCCGCUUUACCCCUCUGCAGCUCUGGUCUCGGGGGGCCGGUCAGGCUGCGCGGGAGGAGAGCAGGCUGCCGGCCUGAGCUGCUCCAGUCCUCCCCUUCGCCCAAGAAGUCUCUUCUGUUUCCUCUGAUCGUAACCAAGAGCUUUUGCACAGGUUCCUGGGGCUUCCUUGGCCUUCUGGAAGGGGGCACCGCUCCCCGGCUGCCACUACCCCUGGCACCGCUCGCUCCCUGUAGCUGGCUGUCCCAAACCAAGGCUUGCACAGAGGUUUACAAAUUUUCUAAAGCUUUUGAUAAUGUGAAGCUCCUGGGUGAUGAGGUUGGUGGUGAGCACACUGCAGCUAUGUAAUUUUUUGUGUAUGUAUGUAAUAUUUAAGGGUAACAAAAUUUAAAAGGCUAAAACCUUUAAAAAAAAUUUAAAAACACACAAAAAAAGCCAAAGCAUGAUGCAUAUUGUUAGCCUUAAAACUGGCUACAUGACUGUGUGAUGUACAAAUGAGAGCAGCCUGUAACUGUUUUAAGUGCUGGGGUUGGGGAAGAAGCAUUACAAAAUCAGUUUGUAGCCUUGAUUCUGUACAGUAUUUAAUGAAAAAAAAAAAAAAAAAAAAACCUGACUAUUGAGGCCAUGCUUAGAGGUGUGUUGUUCACGUGCAGAUGUGGAUGCUUGGUUGCUUACAAUAUAUGUAUAAAGUGCUGUGUGACCAUUAAAACUUUUUUUACCUGCAGAAUUUUUUUUUUUUUUUUUUGUUUGGCUAACCAAGGUGUAAUAAAGGAGGGAAGAUGACUUGCCAUUAAAUUUUGCCUCUGUGAGUA